AUUUUGCUGCUAAUUCCUUUUCAUAAUUCCUCUCUCUCUCUUUUCUUCCUUCUCCACUCUCUCUGACACACUGCUCUCCAUAUGGCGUAAACACUUGAUUCCUGAUAGUGCAAGCAAAGCAAAGCAAAGGAAGCACCCCCUACCUUUAAUCUCCUUCUCUAAAACUCACUGUAUUCCUCUUCAUCUCUACAAAUAAAUAAAUAAAAAUAAAAGAUAAAAAAUUUGCUUUUUUUUUUUUUUUUCUCUCUCUCUCUUCUCUGCUUUUUGGCUCUCAACCCUACUAUAAGCUCCUUGUUUAGUGCUUGCUUCACUAGCCAAAACACCUCUGCAAAACUCUCUCUCUUAUUUCUCCUCUUCUCUCCUUCUCCACCCAAUUCUUGUUUAGCUAUUUUUGCUCCUAAAUGCUUGUGUUCUCUCUUAAAACUCAUCAGGAGAGCUUCAUCUGGGUGAUUUCUUGAUCUUGUUUUCAUAUAUAGUUUUUAAGCCUCCAUUUCCAUUUCUAGAGAAGAAAAACAAGGGUUUUUCUUAUUAUCUAUCUUCUUCCAUCUUAUCAUUUUCUAUUAGGGAGUUUGUUGAGUGUUGACUAUCUUUCUCUUUCUCACUUUCUCAAGAAAGAAAAUAGAGAUGAAAGUGUAUGGAGAGAGAAAGUUUUUGUUAUGUUUAUAUCAGGCUGCUCUCAUUGCCAGCUCUUGGCUACAGUGUUACUGAAUUUGCUGCUGCUUCUUUUUUUUUUUUAAAUCUUCUAAGUUGACCUUUCAAGUAGAAAAUGAGAUGAACAUCAAAGGAGGUCUAGGUAGUUGAUUACACUUUUGUUUGCUUUCAAAGCUUUUGAUCAAAAGGAUUGGCCCUUGGCCUUCUCUUUCUCAGCUCAUCACUUACCUUAAACACAUCCCAAAGCUUCUCAAUUUUCAAUUCCUUUGGUGGGCCAUUGUUUUUUUUUUUGGUUUUUUUGGGCUUAGGACUUGCAAGAUAUAUAGAAGAGUUUCUUGAAUAUCAUAUAAGCAAAAAAGAAAAAAGAAAAUCCUAGGAUUAUAAGAAAGAAAGAAAGAAACUUUUUAAUUAUAAUCAUAUAAGCCUCCUAAUUCUCUUCUUGUCUUGUUCUCUCUUUUGGUCUGCAAACAAGGAAGCCAAAACAAAUAAUAGCCUCAAAGAAGUGAGAAGGAAAAUGGAACUUUCAAGUCAUGAAGGUGAGAUCCCCAUGCCCAUAAACAGUAGUUAUGGUGGUGGGCAUGGGCACAUGAUCCACCAUGAUCAUCCUGCACCCCACAACCACAUCAUCUCUUCUUCAGCUCCCCAAAUGCCAUCCAAUAAUGGCCCUUCCUCCAUCCCCUCACCGCUGGAGGACCACCAUGCUCCCUUCAAGAAAAUGGUGAGGUACAGAGAAUGCCUCAAGAAUCAUGCAGCUGCCAUGGGAGGCAAUGCCACUGAUGGGUGUGGUGAGUUCAUGCCUAGCGGUGAAGAAGGUAGCAUUGAAGCUCUCACAUGCUCAGCUUGCAAUUGUCAUAGAAACUUCCACAGGAAAGAGAUAGAAGGUGAAGCUUCCUCUUGUGAUUACUUCCAUGGCCACCCACAUUUCAGCAGAGUUGGAAGAAAAGUCAUUUUAGGCCAUCACAAGAAUAUUUUAGCCCCUGAAGCUUUAGGGUUUCAUACAGCUGCAGGAACCCUUGUGCCCUCAAGAUCAGCAGCAGCACCCCACCACCAGAUGAUAAUGUCUUACAACAUGGGUUCCCUUCCUUCAGAAUCUGAUGAGCAAGAAGAUGGUGGUGGGGUAAUGAUGGCUAGGCCUGCACAACUUGUCAAGAAAAGGUUCAGGACAAAGUUCACACAGGAACAGAAGGAGAAAAUGCUCAACUUUGCUGAGAAAGUUGGGUGGAAAAUACAAAAACAAGAAGAAUCUGUUGUGCAACAAUUCUGCCAAGAGAUUGGAGUCAAGAGAAGAGUCCUUAAAGUUUGGAUGCACAACAACAAGCAUAAUCUAGCCAAGAAGAAUCCUCCUCCUCCUCCUCCUCCUCUUCCUCCUAUUGCUACUACUACUUAAUUAAGACCAUUUACUCCAAAAAAAAAAAAAAAACACUUCAUUCUCUCUUCCUCUGAUUAGUAUGUGGUUUAGCCUACUUAAUCAUUAUUAGCUAAAAGUAUUUUGCUUUUUUUUUUUUUUUUUAAAUUUUUCUUCUUCAUAUUAUCAUAUCCUUGUUUGUGGGUAUGUUUAAAUUGAGUUCUCUUAAUAUUUAAAAAUAAUAUUGGUGGUGCAUGUAAUAUUAGUUUAGGAAAAAUGGAUUGCUAGGGUUAAUCUUCAUCUUUUAUGGGUGAUUAUGCUUUUGUCCAAUCUAUUUUUGCAUAGAAAUGGAUUUGGAUUGCAGUAAUUUUGUCCAUUAAAGAGCAUAUUAUGUUUGUUCAUUUCUCUUUUGGUUUUAUAAUGCAUGUGUUGGUGUUGCAUUUUGAUAUUUUUCAAGUAAAUAUACCAAAUAUUUGGAUGAAAAAUUUUAAUGGGUAUGCUUAAAUCAUAAAAAUUUCAAUUUGAUUUGGAAAAUAAAUAUUAAUAUUUGAACUUUUAUCCUUAUUUUGAAGGAAAUAGAGGGCGAAAAAAAAAGGGAAAUGAUUUUUAUAAUUUUCUUUCUUUGCAUAGGAAAUAAACUAUAGAAAUGAGGAGAUAUUAAUGGAAAUUAUAUUUCAAAAUUUCCCUUUAUUAAUCUAAACAUUCAUGCAUUUUUAUUAAAAUUAUUUCUAACCUUAACAUUAUAUAUUAAUAAAAUUGAAUUUGAAACUUUAAUUAUUUUUUUUAAAGCUAAUGAGUGUAUAAUAAAUAUUCCUGUCUCUAAAACCAGCAAAAUUCAAAUUUAGGGCAUGGUGUAGGGAUCUGAAGCUUUUCCCAUGAGAUAUGAAUAACGUUAAAAAUUUAGAACCAGAAGUACAUAAUAUUUGAUGAAGAGCCAUUAAGAAAAUUUGUCUUUAUCUCCCAAAACUUUGGAUUUUUAUUUAAACUAGGAACAGGGAGUACUUGUGUUGUGUGUUGGGAGUAAGCUAAGCUGUGCUGGCUGGCCAUUACAAAGAGACAGCCAAGUUUGUUGUUCUUUUCAGUUUAUGGAAUUUAAGGUUUCUUU